GUCAAGUGUCAAGAAAAAAACUUAGAACAAAUCCAAAAUUCCGAUAGUGAAGUUGGUUUUAACUGGAAUUGAUACAAAAAUCAAAAAACCACAUAUUUUAGGACCAAAAGGUUAAUUUAAAGUUAUAACUCUUUUAGCCAUGGACACAGACAAUCCUGGACAAGCAACCGUCGAGGCGGUCACCGCCAAAGGGGCAACCGCCGCAAACAACUGGUGCCUGAUUGAAAGCGAUCCGGGGGUCUUCACCGAGAUGAUUAGUGGUUUUGGCUGCACGGGUGCCCAGGUGGAGGAGAUCUGGUCCAUGAAUGCAGACGCCUUUCGUCACCUGGAGCCCAUCCAUGGUCUGAUCUUUCUGUUCAAAUGGUUGGACAACAUGCCCGCUGGUCGCGUGGUCACGGAUAGGAGUGACAUCUUCUUUGCUCGCCAGGUGGUAACGAAUGCCUGUGCCACACAGGCUCUCAUCUGCCUGCUGCUCAAUCUCCAGCAUGAAGACAUCGAUUUGGGUCCAAUUUUGAGCGAAUUGAAGAUCUUCUGCCAGGAUCUGUGUCCGGAAUCCCGUGGACAAUGCUUGGCCAAAGAGGAAAAGAUCCGUAAGGUACACAAUUCCUUUGCUCGACCCGAACUCUUUGUGGUUGAAGACAGUGCGGAUUCGGAAGACGUAGAUUGUUACCACUUUGUGGGCUUUAUGCCAAUAAAAGGCAAACUUUACGAAUUGGACGGAAUGAAAGAGGGUCCCAUCGAGCUCGGCGAGAUCGGCCAGCAACAGAACUGGCUGGAUGUGGUCAGACCGAUUAUUGAGGAACGCAUGAAGCGCUACAGCGUUGGAGAGAUCCACUUCAAUCUGAUGGCCCUGGUCUCGGAUCGUCAGCGAUGCUACGAGCGGCAGAUCCAAAUGCUGGUCGAACUAUCAUCGCCGCUGAGCUACGCGGAUUGUCAGGCGGAGAUCGCCACCCUUAUAUACUUUGUGAAACUCGAGAAGGAGAAGAAGCGCCGCUACCGCAAGGAGAACAAUCGUCGUCGCCACAAUUAUCUGCCAUUCAUCGUUGAGCUACUGAAGCAGCUGGGCGAGACUGGCCAAUUGAUGGCCAUUUGCGACAAGGCCAAGGAUCGGUCUUGUCCAUCUAAGUCGAACAAAGACGCUAUGGACCAACAACCUCAAUAAGCUUAACAUAGAUGAUGAUAUCAAACCAAAUUACGCGACAUCUCUGAACUGCAUCAUCGAUUAAUCGGAACCGAACACACAUUCCACUUUGAUGGAACUAGGAACGAGAUUUAGUAGAUUCCUAGACGUAUAUUUAAUAAAUGAAGUAUAA